GUGAAGCAGCGACGUUGUAUCACAGUUAACGUUAAAGUGUUUUCUAAAUUAUUUUCUCUCAGCAUUCCUAUUGGAGCGAGAUCACCAACCUUGUUCUUGUUUUUUGUUUUUUUUUUUUGUUUUGGUGACUAGCGUGCAUAUGUAUGCAUAAGUAUGUGUUAAUCGCCAUGUUAGCGUGAGUGUUUUACAUAAACGUAGCUAACGAAAAUUGUAAACAAAACAGAAGCGGUAAGAGAACUUGGCAUUUGUGGAUAUACGCUUGUGUGUGAGCGCGAGAAUACAAACCAAGAAUAGCAAAGCAAAGCGGCUGAGCAAGUGACAUGAAAAUGAUCGGCAGCGAUUACGUACUGGAGGCGCAUAACAUUUUCCAUACCACAGAGGUGGAUGGCGGUGGUUGCUUCAAUGGCGGCGGCAGCUCGGCGCUUGUGCUCAAAGGUGUCAAUUUAACUGUCCACAGUGGCGAAGUGAUGGCCAUUCUGGGUUCGAAAGGAAGCGGUAAGCGUGCCUUGUUGGAUGUCAUUGCACGCCGUGCAGAUGGUAUGACGCGUGGUCAAGUAUUACUCAAUGGCUCACCGCUGACUAGAGGCCUCUUCCAGCAACGAUGCGGCUAUGUGACACAAUCAUGCACUUUCAUACCUGGACUGACGCGUGAGCGUGUUUUACAUAAACGUAGCUAA